AUGUUCAUGCACAAGUAUCGACCCGUCGAUAGCGAACAGAGAGAUCGAGAGCAGGAGGAGAUAUACAAACUCGACGAUGAAUGCAGCGCUCACGGAUUUCGACCACACAAGUCUUUUUACAAACGCUGUAUCUCAGUUCAAUACAUCUUGAUACUACUACUUCUUCUUACAAACCUCGCAACAUUGGCAUUUUGGCGAAACGCCUCGACUUCUGAGAAAUGGGCCAAGACACCAGCGACGACACUCGAGCAGGAUAUUUCUCGGAAUGACAUUCCAUCUGUAAAGGCUCUGGGACCGGCCGAUAUUCCCGUCGAAAUGGAGAUGCGCAAAUUUUCCACGGGUAUAACUGAGGAUCGAAGGACCGAGUUUUUCGGAGAACCGGACGAAAAGACCAAUGCCGCUUGGGACUCGCUCAUGGACGUGCGAUUGAUUCAUCUCAACGAGCAACAGGCAAAAUAUUUAGGCGCACCCACAGCUCGGCAAUACAACUCUUCUCCAGGGUCCUACGUCGGAGUGUUGGAGGUGUUUCAUCAACUACAUUGUUUGAAUCGCAUUAGACUCGCCUUCUAUACAGAUCUUAAGGGAGAGUAUGGCGAAAACGCUGAUAUCAUUAGACGACACACUUACCACUGCUUUGACUACCUUCGACAGUCUUUCAUGUGUCUCGCCGACGUCAAUAUCGGACCAGUCGGAUGGAACGCAACUACCGAGACGUAUAUCGCAGAAGGCGACGGUGUUCGAGAAUGUAGAAAUUUCGACAUAAUCCAUGAGUGGGCUAAGAAGCAUGAUGUGCCACAUGCUCCAGGGAAUAUCGAUCCUUCUCCCGAGCAAAUUCAUAGGCAUGACGAGACGCAUCUCUACAAGUAUGCAAUCUUUCAGUCUCCCCAAGAAGGGCUGGAGUUGACGAAUCCUGAAUCCCUUAUUGUCAUCGAUAGAAAGAAACCUCGACUCCUCAGCGGAUUUACUGUCUUCUUCAUGGUAGGGAUGCAUUUUGUCGAGGUAUGGGACACCCAUGAUCUCAAAGAGAAAGCCCCAAUGCUUCAUCAAGCAGGGCCAGAGGAGCUCAUCCCAAAGAGAAGAAAUUCGUGUCUGUCACGGUGCGCAUUGGCUUGGCUACCUCAUGUCUUCCUCGUGGCGAUAUACACGGCGGUCCUCUUGACAUGGCCGAUGUUCCGUCCUAAAUUCAAAUCAUACAGCCCAGAAGUAGUGGUUGAACGGACAAACACCCCUUGGACGGCUCGUUUCGACGGCACAUUCCUCGAGCUAGGGGACUUUUUCAAUAUUUCGGAGACCAAGGAGCCUAGUGUUGGAGCUGUGGCAGCCUGGAAUACGGUUCAACAAUAUAAAAUCCAUGAUAUCCCCUUAGAAGAAGCAAACUUUGUGCGCGUUUCAACCGCGCACGUCAAGAGCGCUGACCCGGGAGAUCCUCGAGUGCUCUCGAAACUCCAUCGCCUUCAUUGUUUGCACGUCCUCUGGAGACGAUGGCAUAACCAAAUGACGGCCGAAGAAUCAAAUACUACAAUUGUGACCGAGCCACAUGACAAUCACUGCUUUGCUAUUUUGCGCUACGGACUUAUGUGCGAAGGGGAUAUCCAGCUCAAGCAGGUUGGAUGGCCGGCGACGGAUGACAUGCAUGCCGGAUAUGUAGAUGUGGAUCGGUACUGCUCUGAUCCGGAGAAGAAUGGAAUCGAGAGAGAGAUUACGGGGAGUUGA